GUGAUCAAUUAGAACUCUGAAAACUUUCAACGAAAUGUAACCGUUCGACCAGUGCUCUUCGAAUCACUGUCGUUGUUUCGCGGGAAUAAAAGAUCAAAUGUGUAACCGCUUUGCUGCUCUGCGAUCUCGCCGACUGUGAAUUAUACCCCGCUUCCAACAGGGUUGUAGACAUUCACCUUUCAAAAUGCCACAGCAGAAGGAUAUAGUAAAGAUUGCCAUCCAGAUGCCGGGUGCAUACCCGCAGCUCAUUCAACUAGACCAGAAAAAGCCCCUCACUGCUGUCAUAAAAGAGGUUUGUGACAAGUGGAAUGUUCCAGGCCCUGACAAUUAUGCUCUCCAGUAUGCAGAUGGAGUUCAGACAUACAUCACUGAAUCUAACCGCCUGGACAUAAAAAAUGGCAGCAUUCUUCGUUUAACCAAAGCUCCAGGCCGUUGUGCUGAAGAUCUGUAUAAAGGCAUUCAGAGUUCAGACUCAGGAGUGCGCUGUGACUCUCUGAAGCAGCUGGCAACCAUCUCCACUGAUAUCACGUUUGCUCAAGAGUUUAUCAGUCGUGAUGGACACUCCCUGCUCGUCAAGAUAGUGGAGGAUGCUAACGAGGCUCCUCUGAUAAUGACACACACACUCACUGCUUUCAUGGAGCUCAUGGAUCAUGGCAUUGUGUCCUGGGAGAAUCUCUCCAGUGUCUUUACAAAAAAGAUUGCCAGUUUUGUCAAUGCAAAGGUGCUGGACACCUCUAUCCAGCAGGUGUCACUGGCCAUCCUGGAGAGCAUGGUGCUCAGCAGCAGCAGUUUGUUUAUUGAGGUCAAACAAGAAAUCACUCUGGAGAGACUCAUCUCACAUCUGCAGGUAACAAAUCAGCAGCUGCAGACAAAGGCCAUGGCUCUGCUGAUGGCAAUGUUACAGGCUGCUGGAGAGGCAGACAGACAGGAGCUCUUUGACUUUCUUGAGAAAAGGAACCUACGUCAGUAUAUUCAUAAGAACAUCAUCCACAGCUCUAGUUCUGUAGGCGACGAGAUGGCGCACUACCUCUAUGUGCUGCAGACUGUCCGUCUAAACCACCUGGAGCCCCGCAUGAGAACACCUCUCGAUUCUUACAACCAGGACCAGAGAGAGAUGCUGCAUGGUUUGCGUCAGGCUGCGUUUGAGAUGGAGAGUGAGAGCGGUCUGAGCAAUGAGCGUCGACGUUCACUCUGCGCUAAAGAGUUUAAGAAGCUUGGCUUCUCAAAUAACAGUAAUCCUGGUCAGGAUCUGAGCCGCUGUCCUCCAGGCCUCCUGGCUUUGGACACCAUGGCGUAUUUUGCCUCCCGUUACCCUGAUGCUUACAGCAGGUUUGUGCUGGAGAACAGCAGCAGGGAGGACAAACAUGAGUGUCCGUUUGCACGCAGCAGUAUACAGCUCACCCUCAUCCUGUGUGAGAUCUUGCGCAUCGGAGAACCUCCCUCUGAGACCGGCUCAGACUAUCACCCCAUCUUCUUCGCUCAGGACCGACUGCUGGAGGAGCUGUUCUGUAUCUGCAUUCAGCUCGUCAACAAGACUUGGAAGGAAAUGAGAGCCACGCAGGAGGACUUUGAUAAGGUGAUGCAGGUUGUACGGGAGCAGAUCACUAGGACUCUGUCUAGUAAGCCCACGUCCUUGGAGCUCUUCAAGAACAAAGUGAAUGCUCUGAACUACAGCGAGAUCCUCAAACUCAGACAGACGGAGAGACUCCACCAGGAGGAGACGCUCGCUCCUCCGGUGCUUGAGCUGAAAGAGCGUUUGAAGCCGGAGCUUCUGGAGCUCAUCAGACAGCAGAGACUGAACCGUCUGUGUCAAGGGACACUCUUCCGGAAGAUCAGCAGCCGACGAAGACAAGAUAAGCUGUGGUAUUGUCGGCUUUCUCCUAAUCACAAAGUCAUGCACUAUGGAGAUGUAGAUGAGGAGACUGAGACGCCUUCCAUCGAGACUCUUCAGGAAAAGAUUCCUGUCGCAGACAUCAAAAAUGUGCUGACUGGCAAAGACUGUCCUCACAUGAAAGAGAACAAGGGAAAACAGACCAAGGAGGUGUUAGACUUGGCUUUCAGCAUCACAUAUGACGUUGAGGAAUAUAGUUUGAAUUUCAUCGCCUCUUCCAGAACAGAUUUCUGUCUAUGGACAGACGGACUCAACGUGUUGUUGGGCAAAGAGAUGAGCAGUGAGAGCAUGCGCAGCGAACUGGAGAUCCUCCUCUCAAUGGAAAUCAAGCUUCGCCUCUUAGACCUGGAGAAUGUCCCCAUCCCAGACACGGCCCCACCCAUCCCCAAACCACCUAGCAACUUCAACUUCUGCUACGACUUCAGCCAAGCUGAACAGUAAUGUGCCGGACACCCAUAAAUGUUUGGUCAUCCAUAAUUACUGCAUUACCAAGAAGGAUAACAACUGGAUGCUGGAAAAUGGCCACUAAGUGGUAGCUCUGACACAGUAAGGUUUUGCAGUUGGGAGUGUAAAGACAUUGAAUAAACAUUUCAGGGCUUAAUAUAAGUUAGAGCGCCUUGUACAAUCAUAGAGAGAUUGCAGAACUUUUGAUUUAAUUAUGCAUCCUUCUAUGGCGCUGUGCUAUAAUCUAAGUGCCUGCGGUGAAUGAGAUGGCCUUGCAGUGGGAGUUGCUUUUUGUUAGCUUUCAGCAUGGAAUAUUGCCUCAAAAUGUGCCUUUCCGACACUUGUACGAUAGACUUGUAUGAUAUUCUCUCAUUAGGUCCUUACGCACACUUUUUUUUCUUCCUAUUAUUACUUGUUUAGCUUCUACCAAACAAUUUGAAAUCUACUAAAUGGCAUUUAAUGAGACCAAGCAAUUUAUUAGGACGGAAACAUGGAAAUAUUUGUCAGAAACAGUGUUUAAAGACGUUAUUAGAGAUUGUUGGUAUCCUCCAAGUUUGUAAUGGCUUUAAAGGGAUCAUUCACACAAAAAUGAAAAUUCUGUCAUUUACAUAAACUGUUUUCCAUUCAAUGAAUUGUUACUGAGGCUGAUAUUCUGAUAAAAAUCUCUUUUUGUUCUGUGGGAAAAAAUUCUUACAGGUUUAAAACAACAUGAUGGUGAAUAAACGAUGACAGAAUUUUAGUUUUUGGAUGAACAAUACCUUUAAGACUCAGAGUGGUACAUUUUCAACAGGUACAAUGUUAAAGCUUAAUGUAUUCACUGUCAAUCAGUACAACCUCAAUUCCAAAAAAGUUGGGACAGUAUGAAAAAUGCUAAUAAACAAAAAGGAGUGAUUUGUAAAUUAUAUUCACCCUUUGCUAAAUUGAAAACACUACAACUACAUAUUAUAUGAUGUUUUACCUUGUUCAAAUAAAAUGAUUGCAACAUGCUCCAGAAAUGUUGAGACAGGGGGCAAAUUGAGACUAAUAACAAUUUGUCGAGUUGAAAUAACAAGGCGAUGUGAAACUGGAGAUGUUAAACAGUUGAGGUAAUCGUGUCAUAGUAUAUAAGGAGGCUCCAAAAACAGCCUAGUCCUACAAGAGCAAGGAUCAUUCGAGACUUGUCAAUUUACCAACAGAUGCUUCAGCAAAUAAUCCAGCACUUUAAGAACAAUGUUCCCCAAAGACAAAUUGGAAGGAUUUUGGAUAUUUCACCCUAUAGAGUGCCCAAUAUAGCUAAAAGAUUCAAGGAAUAUAGUAAAAUCUCGGUGCGUAAAGGGCAAGACGAAACCCACUUCUAAAUGUACGUGAUCUCAAAUCCCUCAAAUAUCACUGUCUUAAAAACAUCAUUCAUCUGUAAUUGAUAUGAUCAUGGGUUUAGGAUUACUUUAGUAAACCUUUGUUAGUCAACACCAUUCGCCACAGCAUCCACAGAUGCAAGUUAAGACUUAAUUAUUCAAAGCAGAAGCCCUAAAUCAACACUAUCACAGAACCGCUGCCGACUUCUCUGGGCUCGGUCUCAUCUGAGAUGGAGAGUAGAACAGUGGAACCAUGUUUUUUGGUAUGAUGAGUCCACAUUUCAAAUAGUUUUUGAAAAACACAGCCGUCGUGUUCUCCGGGCCAUAGAAGAAAAGGACCAUCCAAGCCUUUAUCAGCGUCAGGUCCAAAAGCCAGUGUCUGUAUGGGCCAGGGGUGUGCCAGUGCCCAUGGCAUGGGUAACUCACGCAUCUGUGAGGGCAUCAUUAAUGCAGACAGGUAUGUACAAAUUUUGGAGGAGCAUAUACUGCCAUCCAGCACCAUCUUUUCCAGGGACAUCCCGGAAUUUUCAACCAUCUCCAAUUGAGAAUGUGUGGUGCAUUAUGAAGCGCACAAUACGGCAACAAAGACCCCGUACAACUGUGCAGCUGCAUAAUGGAUGAAUGAGGGAAAAUUCCACUUUUUAAACUUAACAAACUUGUGUCUUCAGUGCCCAAAUGCUGAAGUGUUAUUAGAAGAAGUUGUUUCACAGUGGUAAACUCUCGACUGUCCUAACUUUUUUGGAGUGCCGUAUUGUGCAAUCAUCUGAUUUGAAAUAACUGUACAUUUAAAAAAAAAAAAAAAAACAGAACAAUGAAA